AAUCUUUUUACACAGACACUCUAAUUUCAGAUUGAUGACUGUUUCUUAUUCAUGGAGUCUAAAUGUUGACAUUUUUGUUGAGUACUAUGUACAAGAUAUUUUUGUUACAUCAUUCGGGAGGCAAGGAUGAAAGAAAAAAUAGACUUAUAGGAGACAAAUAAUAUAAUAAAUACACAAAAGAAAAAUCGGAUUUUAAUUGUCUUCUUAAAAGAUGAUGAGUUUAAAAAGGUGAAAAUGCUAAGGAGUAAUAAAGCUUUGAAACAACAACAACAACAACAACAACAACAAUCUCAAAAAAGUAAUUUGCACAAAUUAUUUUUUUAAGCUUUCUUACAAAGCUGUCACGAAGAAAAAACUUCGCUGGGAAUGGUGCAAGUAUAAAAGAAGACAACGCGAUAAAGGAGUUAGCAGUAAUAAAAGCGAAGCGGAAUUUGCAAGAAUUUGGCACGCACGCGUGCAUGGUCAAACUUGUGGUAGUUUUAAUUGCAUUUUUGUGGUGUUUGAUGCAGUGAAAUUGACAUCUCAGAACAAUGGAGAGAAGUAGUUUAAUUUUUCGCGCGUGUGUUAUGUGUCUGAUGUUUAUACAUUACUCAUGUGAAGCGAACGUAUAUGUUGUGGAAAGACAAUCAUCGCAGGUUAAAAUUGUUCGAAAUUUUCAAAUUAAUGUACCUUAUGGCAGGGAGGUUUAUUUAAAUCCAAAGAAUUUGACUAUAUCGUAUGACAUUGAAGGACAUUGUCAAGUUUAUGUUCUUAAAAACGAUCCUAUGAGUUCCCAAUUAGGAAAAAUCACACCAUCUUCGUUUCCGUGCAAAUUCGACAUGUUUACUUUAUCGUAUCAACAUUUUGGUAGCUUGACACGGACAACAGACACAAUAAGACUGCAAGUUAGGCUGGAUACCAAAGAUGAAACUAUAAUAGCUCCAUUUACAAUUCAAGUUAAAGUCAUUUUCACCAAACCUCUUGAUAUUUUGCAGAAAGUUCAAAACUUAUUUGUUGACGAAAUAGGAGGUCUUUCUGAUCCCAUAGAUCCCAAAAUUUUGAAUGUAAGAUAUACAAAAGAAAAUCAAGUAUGUAGAAUAUGUUUCCUGCCAAGAAAAAAUGGUCCACCAUUUUUUGGAUCAAUUGUUAACACCAGCGAUGGAGAGUAUGGCUUAAAUUUAUUGCAUCGAAAGGAGUACAAAUAUAUCCCUUGUGAUGAUUUUUUAAGUGGAAUGUUACGGUAUGCACAUCAAAGACGUGGAAGAUCUUCUAACCGUGACUAUGUUCCUCUAAUGGUUGAAUUGUCCGAUAAGAAAACUGAAGCAGUCCAAAAGCGCGAAUUUAUUCAAGUGCCGGUUAGGAUCCGACGAGCACCUGAAAACACACCACCGAUAGUAAAUUACAAUUCAGCAAGUUACAGUUUACAGGUGGACCAAAUUGUACUGACAGCAUUAACCUCCACAGUUUUAAAAGCAGAGGACCGUGAAACCGAAUCAGGUUCGAUUAUCUUCAACGUUACGACACAAAAUAUUCCAGGUGAAGGUUAUUUAGUGCAUACAGAUGACCCAACACGGCCUUUAACCACGUUUUAUCAAAAAGAAAUCGACCAACUAAAAAUUGCGUUUAAACCACCUGACAAGUUAAGCACCAAUCAACGAUUACAACAAGUAUGGUUGGAAGCACGUGAUAGCUAUGGUGCUUCGUCCCAGCCUUUUUAUGUCAUUAUCGUCAUUAAGCCGAUGAACACUUACGCACCCCAAGUAAUAAAAAACUCCGGAUUGGCCAUGUUUGAGGGACAAUCUCGCCCGAUAACAAAAGAUGUGCUAAAAAUUCGUGAUCCUGAUAACGAAGAGGAUGUUAAAAUUGUCGUGGUGGGUGGUCUCUUCCAUGGAAAACUUGAGAAGAAUGGAAAGGAAGUCAGCCAUUUUACAAUAAAUGACAUUGUCAACAAAUUGGUCCGUUACGUCCAUGAUGAUUCAGAUACUUACAGUGAUAGCUUACUAAUACGAAUAUCAGACGGAACGAACUCAGUGGAUUUAUUAUUCGCUAUCACUAUCGUUCCAGUGGAUGACGAACCUCCAGUUUUAGCUUAUAACACAGGAGUUACGGUAGAUGAAGGAUCUUUGGUCAAAAUUAAUCAAUUUGAUUUAAGUGCGCGUGAUGUUGACUCUGAUGAUACAAAAGUUUUGUUUAAAGUUGUUGAUCCACCUGUCGCUGGAGUUCUCUUUCGGGUCAAUACAAAUAGAGGCGUUGUGGUACGCGACGGCAACAACCAGGAUCGUAUUACAGAGUUCUCUCAAGUCGACGUUAUUCUGGGAAGAAUAUUUUACCGUCAUUUCGGAGAGGAAAUAUUCAAUGACGUCUUUACUUUUCGCUUGUCAGACGGAGCUGAGCCACCAAACCAGUCUGGACUCAAAACAUUUAUCAUUGACGUUAUUCCAAAAGAUGACUUACAGCCAACGUUGCAUGUAGAUUGUCCCUUAAAAAUGAAAGUAAUUGAGGGCAAACCUAAAGAGUUUUCAAAGCAGGUUCUGCAAUACACAGAUGGCGAUUCCCUCGACGAAUCACUUCGAUACGUCGUCACAAAUAAACCAUACUUUGUCGGCGAUACAACAGGGGAAACUAACGCCGGAAAGAUUGCGUUUAGUCAUCAACUACAAAAAGAAAUCUCUUCAUUUACACAGAAACAAGUAAACCACUUUAAAGUGAUUUAUGUACCACCAGUGACAGAAAUCGGUGGAAAGAUACGUCAAGUGCUGUUUAACUUUACGGUUUCCGAUCACGCUGGUAACUCUAUUGCGGGACAGACUUUCAUGAUUGACAUUCAACCUGUGAAUAACAUGGCACCAGUUGCUGUCAUUAAUACAAUAACAUUAAAGGAGGGAAAAAGAGGCUUAAUAUCAGCACAACAACUCCGAGCAUAUGAUCCUGAUAAUUUAAACGAAGAACUUUCAUUUGGAUUAAAGAAAUUACCAAAACAUGGACAGGUGUUGUUAAACAAACAAAAACUGACUAUUGGCGCUUCAUUUAGCAUGGACGAUAUAAAACAACAAAGAGUGGAGUAUGUUCAUGAUUCAUCAGAAACUACGGCAGACGAAAUCAAGUUAAUUCUUACUGAUACUGUUCAUAUGGUGCAUAUAGAACUUCCCGUAGUCAUAACACCAUCGGAUGACGAGCGUCCUGUUUUAAAACUUCUAAAGAAAAGAUUGACAGUGCCUGAAAAUGGCGUUGUUAAAAUUGCCAGUGACGUCAUGGAGGUUACAGAUAAAGAUUCAGCUGAUGAGAAACUAACCUUUCUAGUCACCAAACCUCUACAGCAUGGACAAUUACAAGUUAAAGGUAAACCCACUGACACUUUUAAACUAACAGAUAUCUUGAGCGGUUUUGUUUCAUACAAACACACAAGUGGCGAGAUCGGCACUAAGCAUAAAAUGGAUCUACUAAAUUUGACUUUAACUGAUAUGUCUGAAGACUUAUUUAUUGGCGGGAAUCUUGUUUCUGGGAUCAUAAUUGAAGUUGUAGUUGAGCCUGUUGAUAGUGAGCCACCAACUGUCUCCGGAACGUUUCUUGUUGAAGUUGAUGAAGGUGGAAAAACAGUAAUAGCUAAACAACAACUGAACAUUACUGAUGCGGAUACCAAUCUUAAACAUGUGCUGUGCAACAUAACAAAAUUUUCAAAGCAUGGUUUUAUCGAAACUUCUGCGACAUGGAAAGGAUCUGAAGUAACAAAAUUAGGAAUCCCUGUUAAAGCAUUUUCAGCAUAUGACCUUAAGCAUGGCCAUAUUUCUUAUGUUCAAAGCAAACACAAGAAAGUUGAACCUGUUAUGGACGAAUUGGAUAUAAGAUGUAGUGAUGGAAGCAAUACUGCAAGUACAAUAACGAUAAAUGUCGUAAUUUCACCGACUAACGACGAAGUACCGAUGAUUUUCGUCCAACCGAACAUAAUAUGCGUUGAAGACGAUUUAAUCCUACUUGAUCUAUCAAAAAUAAAUCCCUAUGAUCAAGACCAACCGGAAGACAACUUAACUAUCACUGUCACUAAGCAACCAAUCAAUGGAGAACUGUUGCUACAAAAGACAACGGAGUUAAAGCUUGCCGACGUUUUUACAAAAACGGCGUUGAUGGGUGAUUUAGGCGCUACAGUUAUGUAUCAACAUAAAGGUACCGAGACGACGAGUGAUUCGUUUGAAUUACGUGUUGACGACGGUAUUCAUAACGUCACCAAAGUUGUCAAUAUAACUGUCAUAUCAAUGGAUGACGAAACACCGCGAUUGACGGUCAAUACAGGCUUGCGUUUGGAUAGAGGUGAAACUAAAGUGAUCACUGCGUACAAUUUAAAAGCCGUUGAUUUAGAUAGCAACGACGACUCCUUGAUGUAUUACGUCAUGAUGAAACCGGUUUAUGGAAAACUGCAAAGAGUAAUUUCACCAUCAAUGACUGUUGAUAUUAACAAAGGAGGAAAUUUUUCUCAACAUGAUAUUAAUACCAGGAAAAUUAGAUACACUCAUACAAGCGAAGAUGUCGGCGACCGUGAAAUUAUUCGGCUGGAUGUGACGGAUGGAUUUAAUAGACUUAUCAAUCAGAUGUUUAAUAUCAUGAUAACACCAUUGGAUAAUAUAAUGCCAGAUAUAGUUAACCAAGGAGUAACUUUAAAAGAGAAUAAACGAGUUAUCCUAACUACUGAUAUGCUAAGCGCUUCAGAUUUGAACACUCCAGAUGAAAAUUUACUAUUUAUUAUCACAAAAACACCUUUAAAGGGCUAUGUCGAGCAUUUAGACAAUGUUGGUUUUCCAAUUACGAAAUUCUCUCAACUUGAUUUAGCCUCAAAUAAAAUAUCCUAUGUUCACAAUAGUUUGGAUGAAACAAAUUUAGAUAACUUUGAGUUCGAAGUGACGGACGGCAGAAAUAAAGUGUAUCGUACUUUCCGCAUAAAUAUUGGUGACGUAAAUAAUAAAAAACCGACAUUAUACCGACAAAUAAUAAAAGCUUUGAGAGGACAAAAGACUGUUAUAACACCAUUUGAGUUAAAAGCAGUUGAUAAUGAUACUGAAGCUGUGCAUGUUAGAUUUAAAAUUCAUGACAUGCCGAAGCAUGGUAAAAUUCUGCUCAAUUCUCAACCAGUGAUUGUAUUUUCACAAUAUGAUCUUGAUAUGAACAAAAUAUCGUACCAGCAUGAUAAAUCUCUCAGUAAAUCUGACUCGUUUUCUGUGACGGCAACCGAUGGAAGACAUACUGAUUUCUUUGUGAGUCCUGAUAGAACUGCAAGCACGAUACACCCCGUAAAAAUUGACAUAGAAAUUAAAGAGGUAGACACUCAUGCUCCAGUUUUAGUGACCAACACUGGCGCAUCAAGUUUGCGAGUGCGAAGAUCGUAUACUCUCUUUAAAUUUACAAGUUCGUACCUCAAAGCAGAAGACUAUGCGAGUGCAGCCAGUAACAUCAAAUUUUCUAUAAAACAACAGCCAAAACAUGGAAAAAUAGUACGCAUGACAAAUAAGAAGAAACCUGUGAGAAAGUUUACUCAAGAGGAUAUCAAUAAAAAACAGAUUGCUUAUAUUUUGGAUGUGGGUAGCACAGCUGUGAACGACUUUUUUCAUUUUGAUAUUUAUGACGAGAAAAAGAAUGUAUUAUACGGACAAACAUUCCAUUUUAAAUGGUCGUGGGUAUCAAUAGCUAACAGCCACUACAAAGCAAAUGAAACUGAUAAGCACGUAAAAUUAGAUUUUCACCGGAACGGGUAUUUAGGGACAACUUCGUUCGUCACUGUAGAAUUUGUUCAAAGAAGCAAAAACAAUCAACCUGAUACAAGGAGUAAAAGACAGAUUCAGUUUGGUCCUGGUCAAACGAAGGCUUCUUUCCAUUUUUCAAUACUUGACGAUGAUAUGUAUGAGAAAGUAAAAUCUGUGAAAGUUUUAUUGAAGAAAUCUUACAAUGGACUCGUUUCAUCACGAAACAACGCUACGAUAGAGAUUUAUGAUCCUGAAGACGAACCAACCGUGAUGAUCAGUGAAAGAGUUGUUAGAAUAUCCGAAUCAAUUGGAACGGUCAACAUUCCGAUACGAAGAAAAGGAGAUGUCUCAAGCAUUAUACGAAUUAAAUGUGUAACCCGAUCAGAUACGGCAAAUGGUACUGACAGAUCAAAAGUGACGUCAUAUCGAGAUUAUAUCUCGAGAUAUGCAGAUGAUCGGUCAAGCAUUAUCACGUUUCAAGAGAACGAAAUCAUUAAAUUUUGUCCAGUGAGAAUAAUCGAUGACUCCUUAUAUGAGGGUGAAGAAAACUUUAAAGUCGAAAUUCUUUCUUUGUAUGGUGGAAGAGUUGCUGACUCAGCAGCAAAAUGUGACGUCAUAAUAAAGGAAGACGCUAAAGAUGAACCAAGAUUCUCAUUAUCAUCAGACUUUUACAAUGUGGAAGAAAAAUCUGGUUUUGUGAAAAUCAGUGUAGAAAGAGUUGGAACAGAUCUUUCCAUGACGUCAUAUGUUCUUUUUGCCACUCGACAAAAUUCUCCAGUAUCAGCGAAAGCAUACAGUGAUUAUCAUCCACUUGUAACAUCGCUCCGUUUUAAUCCUGACGAAACUGAAAAAAUUGUCAAAGUAAAGAUACUUGACGACACAGGACGCGUGCGAUUAGAAGGGAAAGAACAUUUUGACGUUUUAAUUCGAACACCAAGAAAUGGCAGGUUAGGUGAACCUUCAGAAGCAACCGUGAUUAUUGACGACACAAAAUCAGAUCAACCACGUGUUUAUUUCGCCCAAUCAGAAUACUCUGUGAAAGAAAACGUAGGAAAUGUGACUAUUCUGCUUGAAAGAGAGGGUGACUUAAGACACCAUACCUAUGUACGUUGCUACACUCGUCAGAUGAGCGCUCGCGUGAACGAAGAUUUUAUCGAGCGAAGAAACACGAACGUAUCGUUUGUUAAGUUUGAAAGGAAAGAACAUCAAGCUAAAUGUCAGGUAACUAUCAUUAAUGACAACAAUUAUGAAAGUGAUGAAAGAUUUAAAGUUGUUCUUGGAAAAUCAAAAGGUGGAAUCGUCACUGAUGCUAACAAGGAAGCAGUUGUCAAGGUUAUUGACGAUGACGUGCCUGUAAUUGGAUUUAAAGAGAAACGUUUUUAUGUUCGUGAACCAACUUCAAGUGAAAAAGAUCGCACGAUUACGAUACCUGUGCAGCGUCAAGGUGAUGUUUCAAAAGCUUCUUUUGUAACAGUCCACACAAAAGAUGGAUCUGCCAAGUCCGGAAAAUCUUAUGAGCCUUUGGCUAAGCGCUUAGAAUUUGAUGUAAACGUUACACGAGUUGACAUCGACGUUACAGUGUAUUACGUAGCAGAUACGAAUCUUAGAACAGCAUUCUCGUUAGUACUUACAUCAGAUGCUGAACACACCUAUGACCUUGGUCAGAAUAAAGCUGUCAUCUUUAUUGAGGAGAUUGGUCAUAGAGUUGGUGUAACAUUCCCUUUGAAACCUGUAGUUGCAUCUUUAAUGGAUUACAACAGAGUUGAAUUGGCAAGAAAGAUGCCUGCACAGGGAUAUCCAGUGAUUUGUGUCACCGCGUGCAAUCCAAGACACCCACGAUAUGACGAAAUCAAAUCAAUUUGUAAAGAAGAACUCAUUAACGACAAUUUUACUAAGUACAGGUGGCAAGUAGCAGCUCCUGAUUACACUGACGGAAUCGAGAACAAACUGAAAGACGUCAAUAUGAAAUUAUUUUAUACCUCGCCCAAUCAAAUCACUUUAGAUAGCGUGUACUUCAGUGCUGGUUCCAGAAUACGUUGCAUUGCACAACCAUUCUCUGAAGAUGGAAACACAGGGGUGGAGAGUUCUAGUGACGUCAUAGUUAUAAAUCCAACAGUCGGUCUGUGCACACCAAAAAGAGCAAGCGAUAUCGGCGCAGAAACAUUCUCUGCACAGGUAGCCUACACUGGUGCUUCACAUCCUACUCACAAGAACAUGAUCAAAAUAAAAGUAUUGAUUCCACAUUUCGAUGGUCUUUUGCCUGUCAUUUCCACGAAGAGGUUAUCCAACUUUGAACUAACCCUAAGUCCAGAUGCGAGCCGUGUCGCACAACAUACCUGCUCAAACAUUUUAAACCCUGGGGAGGUGACAACACAGUACGGAUUUAAUGCAAAACAAAAGGAAAACAAUAUCCAACAGUCUAAUAGUCAACCAUUCGAAUAUGAUUGGCGGUUAAGGGGCAACGACACAACCAGAUUCUACAACCAUUUAAACCUUGAUGCAUGCUUGUGGACGUUUGAGAGUUAUUUCAAUAUGACCGAGCUUGUCCAGACAUGUGGAGGAAAGAUUGUUACUGACGGAAUGGUAAAGGACGCCGUCCAGUCGCAUUUAGCUAUAAACUUGCCGUUAUUUGUGUCGUAUAUAUACCACUCGCCAAACGACGAAGACGGCUGGACUGAUUUCAACCAUCAAUCAUCGAUCAGGUUAACAGCUGUGUAUAACACUGGUAUUCUUUGGAAAGAUGGAGUUGGAUUGCCAGAAAAAGCCAAGUUAAAGGGAAAUUUAUAUCCAGCCAGUAUUAUUGUUAGAAAGAACGAUCGGAAGUUGCAGAUGAACUUUCGUACUAAAGCAAGAUUUAGGGGACUGUUUGUUCUGCAAACAAGAGAUGGGAAAGCAAAAAGUGAAGUUGUCUUGCGUGAAAGAUCCGAGUUACCGUUCACAUUAAAAUUAAUUCGAAGUGAUCCAACUUAUGCUGAGCCAGAGCAGUUAUGGCAGAUGGAAUCCAAGUACGCCGUGCGUGAUUAUACAGGGUCAUACGUCUUCAAAAUGAUACCCUGUACUGUAUCUGACGAGGAAGAGUUUUCACUGCCACCGGAUUGUACCCCGGGCGAACCAGUUUCAUUUAAUCUGAAUUUCACAAUUCAACAGACCAGUGAACCUGUGGAGGCGUCUUUCACCUUGAAUACUCGUUUUUUCUUGUUGAACAGUAGAGAACAAUGGCUUUCGUCUCGGUUAUCCAGUUCACAAGUAACAGAUGUCUACUUCAAGGAAGAGGAAAAAAUAUUUGGUCGCGUGAUGGUUGACCCAUCGCAGUCUCUUGGUAACGCCUAUCACACUGUGAUUGAGAAAGUGUUUUUGUGCAGCGGUUUAGAUGGCUUCAUUCCAACUUUCGACCCUACAACUAACAACUAUGGUUGCGUAGCUGAUUCUCCUAAUCUCAUGUACCGAUUCAAAGUUUUGGAUCGCUUAAAUCCAGAGACUGAACAAAAAUCAUUUGGUAACAUUGACUUCAAAGCAUUAUUAGCAGUUGACGAUCCUGAAGCAGACGACCUUGUCAAUCAAGCUGGUUCAGAUGGAUUUCGUAUUGAAAGCACUCCACUUUUCAAGGUGUCUGCUGGUCGAAACUGGUUUCUACACGUUAUAUAUACUCUACGUUCACAACAAGAGAAAAACAGAGGGUUAGGUCGACGAAGCAUUGAUGUAGAACAUUACCAUGCACUGUCAACCAUUGUUAAGGAGAAAAUACGACGAAGGAGAGAGCUAUCUAGUGAAUCAAGUCGAGAAAUUCGCUCGAUUGGUCAUGAGAAAGGUACAAACAUACAAAUGGUUUUAUUGGACAGACCAAAUAUAGAAGCUAAUAAGGAAAAGAAACCCGAAAAAGAAGAUGGCGGCAAGAAAAACGAUGGAAGUCCAAGUAGUAAUCUCUUGAUUAUUAUAAUUGUUAUCCUCCUCAUUCUUAUACUUAUUGGUCUCAUUUUGGGUGCGGUAUUUAUAAAACGUAAAAGCGCAGCCAGUGGUGGUGACUCUCAGGUGAGUGGAGAGGAUGGUGGUACCGCAAUAUAAAUAUACAGAAAAAAUAUUAUUUCUUAACAUAGAUGUGUAAAUAUUAUAUAUUAGAUUUUUAUUUUUUAUUAACCGUUGUAUGAUAAUUUUCUAUAAAAUAACCUCAUCUUUAGACGUUUUUAUA